ACUUGGCUGGAGUCAGCUGAUUGUGAUCUUCGCGGAACCACCACAAUGUCAUCAACUCCAUGACAAGCCUCUGGAAAGAAUAGGACUGAAGGCGUCAAAGAAGAGGAGGCAUACCUGGUAUAUUCACACCUCUGUCAUCAUAAUUGAACAGGAAGAUGGAGAUGAUGUUGAGUGGUAGCAGUAGUGGUGCCAUGGCCACGGAAGAAUUGGUCGAUCAAAAACCAGCUGCAGCAUUGAUUGCAGUUCCUUCCUCCAUGGUGAACAUGUUCCUUCAGCUUCCUCGAGAGAUAUUGUGCCACAUUUAUACCUUCAUGGACGUGCCCAUGUUGGGUAGCAUGGCUCAGACUCACACUGGGAUCCUGCGAGAAUUGGCCACUGCGGAUGAAACUUGGAGUGAUUUGGUCCACCGACGCUUCCAGAUUGCCACCACCAAGAGACCCAAGGCAUUUGGAGGCAAAGAUUGGAAAGAUGCAUAUUGUAGCAUGAACCUUUGCAACCGAAUGCCCAAGUCACGCUGGACCAAUCGCAAAGCCAUUUUUGCCAAGGGCAAUGGUAGAAUGAUCCAUGCUACCGGAAGCGGUACUACUACAGGUACUACAUCCAGUCUAUCUCUUUGGGUCACCUUGAAUCAUACUGAAAAUUGCCGCACCCGCAUCUUACGGACCAACGCAAGCAGCAGCAAUCGACAACGUCAUGUCGAUCUAUGGGUCUGUCUCCAAAAUGUGCAAUCCAAUGGACCUCCCAUUCAAGUUCAUAUCAUGCAAUCGGAGCUGCAUUUUUUGGGUGGGUUGGGGAAUGUCUAUACAGAACGUUGCAUUCAAGAACAACUCUCCUGUGGCUAUCGCUGGCUGGUGCCACGCCUGUUGCAUCACCGACACCAUCAUCACAGUCCUGCUCUUGAUCGUAAUGUUAAAGGAGUGGCAAGAGCUCCGACCACUGCAAGAGUGUUUGACCUUAGCAACGAUCUGUCCUCCAACGGUAAAGGUGUCAUUGUUUUGCAACCAUUGGAGUUUUGUAUUGUUUCGCUUCCUUUUGCCUGUGGACAAGAUGCCUUUGAGACGGAUGCGUUGGCACGCACAGUGUCUCUCCGUGUUCCCUUUGACUCACGGCCACAGAUUGGUUCGACGCCAUUAUCCUCGGAGCCUGGAGAAGCCCAAGCUUGGUUCGUCCCUGAAAGUGAUGUGUGGGACCAAUAUUGCCAACUUCCAGGAGGGUGUCUCACUCUCUCGGACAAGGAACGGAGAAUGCAUCUCUAGCUAGCUAGACUAGUUGCCACUAGCUAGAGAUACAGAUUAUGUGAAAAGUGUUCAUACGGUAGCCAUUUUACUUGUCAAAAGUGGAAGUACAGUACUGAGUGUGUUCUUCGUGACAACUGGACUAACUGUCCAUCACAAAGCGAGAGAAUGAUGGCAGUUGGUAGUCUACCAGUAUCGUAGGAAGGGAAACAAAACCAGCAGGGUACGAUGGAGUAGUUGAGUGCAACGUGGGAACUAGACUACCGGUACUUGCUAAACGAUCGUGAGGCUCCAGCAAGGAGACAAUAUCGCAGCUAUCUAGACGGUUUGGACCACCUUGGCAUCAAAUAAUAUGGUUGCUAGCUAGCUGUCCCGGUACUGGUAGGAGUAGAUGCUACAGCGUGAUGGAAUGAAGCAAUAACAACCAAGUGGCUGGUACCAGUACCUGGUACCGGAGCUGAGACGACCAUGGAGGUGCGGCUCCACAACUUUUUGAAAUACGAUGUACUACGAGGCAAACGUACAGUGUUUAUUCCAUGAUACAUGUACCAGGUACCUAGCCAGAUGAUAGAUGCCCGUACGAACUAACUAACUAAAGAAGCGUGUAAAGU